UCUGAUAACGUCAAAAUAGUGAGUGCCGUGCCGUCGACGUGCUUUUGAUUGUGGUUUGAAAAUAUUGUGGGCAUUUAUUGUAUUUAUUAGUUUAUUAUUCACAUAAACAUUGUGUUUAACUGUUUAGCUUUAAGAGUAAAGAAGAUUUUAGAUCAAGAUGGCAAAAUUUAAAUUGAAAAAACAAUCAAAGCGCCAGCCAGCACGUCUUCGCUACAAAAUAGAGAAGAAAGUAAAGGAUCACAAUCGCAAACUUAAAAAAGAAGCGAAGAAAAAUCCCAAAUCUAAAAAACCAAAACCAGUACAAAUUCCAAAUGUCUGUCCUUUUAAAGAAGACAUUUUGAAAGAAGUGGAAGCUAUGAAAAAGCAUAAAGAGGAAGAGAGGUUGAAGAGAAAAGAGUUGGCGAAGUUGGAGAAGCAAAAGAAAAUGGAAGAGAAGAAGAAUAGCAAUGUCAGCAUGGACACUUUGGUGACCAACGCUCAAACACGUGGCAAAGUACACGAUGCAUUCAAAGCCAAUCAAAAUGGUGGCGAUGAGGCCGAACUAGGUAAAGACAGAAAACAAGAAAACUCACUCAAAACAUACUACAGAGAAUUCAAAAAGGUCAUCUCUGAGGCUGAGGUCAUUUUAGAGGUUGUGGACUCGAGAGAUCCUUUAGGAACUCGCUGUGCCCAAGUGGAGGAAGCAGUGAGGGAAUCCGGGAAACGCCUUGUCCUUGUUCUAAACAAGGCUGAUUUGGUUCCUCGUAACAACCUCACAGCGUGGUUGAAGUACCUUCGACGUACCGCACCAGCUGUUCCGUUCAAAGCAUCUACGCAAGACCAGCAACAUAACUUGGGAAGGAAGAAAAUGAAGCAUAUUGUUAAAGAGAAAGAAAUGAAAGGCUCGUCAUGCGUCGGCGCAGAGCUCCUAAUGAGUCUGCUAGGCAACUACUGUCGCAACAAAGGCAUAAAGACUUCUAUCACAGUGGGCGUGGUCGGUCUACCUAACGUCGGCAAAAGCUCCAUCAUCAACAGCUUGAACAGAUCUAAAGCGUGCAAUGUUGGAAGCACUCCCGGAGUUACGAAACAAAUGCAAACAGUUCAACUGGACUCCAAGAUAAAGAUCCUGGACAGCCCGGGCAUAGUGUUCCACUCCGGCGCAGACACGGACGCUUCUGUGGCCCUGAAGAAUGCCAUUCGUGUGGGAAGUCUGAAAGAUCCUGUCACCCCCGCCACCGCCAUAUUGCAACGUGCGAAUAAACAGACGUUGAUGGACUUGUAUAGUGUACCGGAGUUUAGUAAACCGCAGGAAUUCUUCGCUCAGCUCGCAUCCCGUAUGGGGAGGUUCAAAAAAGGAGGCGUGCCCGACCAAGACGCAGCCGCCAGGAUCUUGCUAAACGACUGGAAUACAGGAAAGGUUCGAUAUUUCACCGAGCCACCAGAGACGUUAGACCCGGAUGUACACGUUGACGCAAAGAUCGUGUCGGCGGUUGCGCAGGAGUUCGAUAUUAACUCCUUUGAGGCCAUGGAGACCGAGGCCAUGGGAGAGUUGGACGCGCAUAGAACUGACGUCGACGCUAUUAAGAUAACAAGCACCGGUCCCGUCAAAGCGUUGCUCGAAGACGAGAUGCAAGUUGACGGCGAAGACUCAAGUAUACUUCCUAAGACCCUGAACAUAAGGUCCAAAUUAGACAAAAACAACAAAGCGAAAGAACGCAACAAAACAGACCCAGAAAUGCUGUUAGAAGGAAAUAUUAAACAGAAUAAGUUAAGGAAAAUGCAGUUUAAAAAGGAUAAAAAGAAUAAAGCGAGGAAUGAGAAAAAGGCGGUAGAUUUGGCGGGCGUUCUAGAAAAUGUUACUCUGACCAGUUUUAAGAAGGAUGACUACGAUUUCAAAGAAGACUUUUCUUUGUAGCCUUGGCUUUGUCUAGUCUUUACAAAUAAAUGUUAAA